CACUUUAAAAGGCCUCGAACUUACUCGGCUCUUCUUUCUUCCCCGCGAUCUCUCAUCAUCGUCACCCCCACCACCAAAGUGGAGUCGAUACCGACGAACGUCACCUUAUUUGUUUCAGAGUAAAAUAGAAAAAAAGAUUUACAAGCGUUUCAGAGAGAGGAAGUCCGAGAAUGGACGAGAAUUCGGCUCUAAUUGCAGCGAUUCUGAAAGAAGAUGAAUUAGCAGCAGGAAGCGACAUCAAUGCCAACGGAAACGAUGACGAUAACUGGACAAUAGUGUCGAGUCACAAGCGGACCAAGAAAUCCUCCAAUCCAUUGUCCGAUGCUUCUUCCCUCCGAAAUCUCACCCACGGUCGCACCAACGGAUUUUCCGCCGCCGGCGAUGUUUUCCGGCCGAUUGAGCUUCACGCCGAGGAGCGUCGCAAGCGCGCUCAAGAGGUUCAAUUUUCUUCUGCUUCGGCCCCGGAGGAUUCCGUUGCCGCCGGAUCGAAGCGGCAUUCGGACGAUGAUGACGAAGAUAGCGAUGCAGAGGCCUCCGCUCCGCUGAAUGGCGGUGGCUCCGAGCCGAAGAAGGUGAAGGCGAAGAAACCAAAGAAGCUGAAGGUGACGGUGACUGAGGCCGCUUCAAAGAUUGACGUGGAUCAUCUGGAGACUUUUCUUGCUGAGAUUACUGCUUCUUAUGAAUCACAACAAGAUAUUCAGCUUAUGCGUUUUGCUGAUUACUUUGGUCGAGCUUUUGCUUCCGUCGGUGCGGCUCAAUUUCCAUGGUUGAAGACAUUCAAAGAGUCCAAUGUUGCAAAAUUGGCUGAUAUCCCUCUGAUUCAUAUAUCUGACAACGUGUAUAAGGCGUCGAUUGAUUGGAUCAGCCAGCGGUCUUCCGAUGCACUUGGCUCCUUUAUAUUCUGGUUAUUGGAUAGCAUUCUUGAUGACCUCGCAGUUCACCAGGGAACAGCCAAGGGAUCCAAAAGGGUAGCUCAGCAAGCUCCAUCAAAGUCUCAGGUUGCCAUGUUUGUGGUUUUGGCAAUGGUGUUGCGGCGGAAACCUGAUGUAUUAAUCAGCUUAGUACCUGUCUUGAAGGAGAGUCCCAACUAUCAAGGACAAGAUAAGCUUCCACUCAAUGCAUGGUUGGUUACUCAGGCUUCUUCUGGAGAUUUAGCUGUUGGGUUAUACAUGUGGGCUCAUUUUCUCUUGCCCAUGUUGAGUAGCAAGUCAACCUCUAAUCCACAGUCCAGAGAUCUGAUUUUGCAGGUGGCUGAAAGAAUUCUGUCCUCUCCCAAAGCUCGUACCAUUCUAGUAAAUGGUGCUGUUAGAAAGGGUGAGCGCCUAGUGCCUCCAUCUGCACUAGAUAGUUUGAUAAGAGUCACUUUUACUGCUCCUUCUGCCCGGCUUAAGGCAACUGAGAGAUUUGAAGCUAUUUAUCCUCUCUUAAAAGAGGUUGCCCUUGCUGGUUCCCCGGGAAGCAAAGCAAUGAAACAAGUUGCUCAACAAAUAUUUAAGUUUGCAGUCAAGGCAGUCAAAGAAGAUGUCCCUGAUCUGUCAAAAGAAGCAUGUGACAUUUUUAUUUGGUGUUUGACGCAGAGCUCUGAAUGUUACAAACAAUGGGACAUGCUGUACCUUGAAAAUCUUGAAUCGAGUGUUGUAGUAUUGAGAAAGCUGACUGGUGAAUGGAAGGAGCACUCUAGUAAACAUCUUACCCUUGUUCCUUUGAGGGAAACCUUAAAGAGCUUCAGGCAGAAGAAUCGAAACGAAUUAACAAAUGAAGGAGAUGGUGCCCAUCAUGCUUUGUUGAAGGAGGCAGACAAGUACAGCAAAUCACUUUUGGGACGACUGUCGCGUGGCCACGGAUGCUUGAAAAGCAUGGUGUUUGUGUCCAUCACACUUGUAGCCGGUGCAGUUGUUAUGUCCCCAAAUAUCCAAUCUUGGGACCUAAAGAACCUUUCGGAAGUGCUUGGUUUCCCAUGAAGUUUUGGCUUUACUCCUCGAGAGAGAUACCAGCGGGUGUAUGAGGACUCACACUGUUAUGAGAGGGUCCAGCAUAGGACAGUUAGGCUAGGAAGUCCAUUAAAAUAUGGGUAGAGGAUAAAGUUUCACAGUUAUUUUACGAAAUCCAAUCGGGUUUUUAGUGAAAUUAAAAAUAGAAGAGGACAACUGAGGGGUUUGGUUUUACCGAACUUGUUUUUUUUAGCAUAUCAAGUCAGUUAAAGACUGACUUGUCUUCCUUGCAUAGUUUACUAACUUAUAAUGGUUUUCUAUUGUCAUGGGGGCUUGGUUCUUUCUUUCUUGUUUGUUUGUUUGUUUCAAACAAAAAAAAUAAAAAAUUUAAUAGCUCGCUAAGUCUGUAACAUUGCUAAAAUGGCAGGAAGAUGGGAAUGAUAAGAUGUGUGCUUAGUCCA